CUGGUGUUGUGGCGAAGCGCCGUUCUUGGGCCGUUAGGAGCUGCUGGGAAGGGCUCUGAUAGGCCUACCCCUCUUCUCCACCCAGGAGAUGAGUAGGAGGGCAGGCCUUUUUAAUCUGGUAAGAAUGUCAACCCAUCUCUCCACUGCGGUAGAAUCCCUGGAUACAUUAUUUGCCCUCUCGAAAGGCAGGCUCUGAAUUUGAUUCAGGUAUAUUUCUUAAUAGCUAACCAGCACAAUGGAAAACUCAGGGAAAGCAAAUAAAAAGGAUACACAUGAUGGGCCACCAAAAGAAGUUAAAUUGCCUACCAGUGAAGCACUUCUAGACUAUCAAUGUCAAAUAAAGGAAAAUGCAGUGGAGCGAUUUAUGUUUCAAAUAAAGACACUUAGGGAAAAAAACCAAAAAUACCAUGAAAGAAAUAGCCGCUUAAAAGAAGAACAGAUUUGGCACAUACGGCAUCUACUAAAGGAACUGAGUGAAGAGAAGGCAGAGGGAUUGCCAGUUGUAACAAGAGAGGAUGUUGAAGAAGCAAUGAAGGAAAAAUGGAAGUUUGAAAGAGACCAGGAAAAAAACUUGAGAGAUAUGCGCAUGCAAAUAAGUAAUGCUGAGAAACUAUUCCUUGAGAAACUCAGUGAAAAGGAAUAUUGGGAGGAGUACAAGAAUGUAGGGAGUGAACGACAUGCUAAACUCAUUACUUCCUUACAAAAUGACAUCAACACAGUUAAAGAGAAUGCAGAGAAAAUGUCAGAACACUAUAAAAUCACUUUGGAAGAUGCUAGAAAGAAAAUAACCAAAGAAACUUUGUUGCAACUGGACCAAAAGAAGGAAUGGGCCACACAGAAUGCUGUAAAGCUCAUAGACAAGGGCAGCUAUCUAGAGAUCUGGGAGAAUGACUGGCUCAAAAAAGAGGUUGCAAUUCACAGGAAGGAAGUUGAAGAAUUAGAAAAUGCUAUUCAUGAACUGGAAGCAGAAAAUUUGGUGCUUAUUGAUCAACUAUUCAACUGUAGACUUGUGGAUCUCAAGAUACCCAGGUCUCCAGUGCUACAUUCCUGUCCCACCUCUAAUCCUCGUCAUCUGCUGCUGCUGCCUUUAGAAUCAUGUCUAAUCUCUGCCAGGCAUUGCUGGCGACUAUAUCUUACCCAAGCUGCUGGACUAGAAGUGCCACCUGAAGAAAUGCCUUUGGAAUUGCCAGAAACACAUAUAGAAGAGAAGUCAGAAUUGCAACCCAUAGAAGUAGAAAGUAGAGACUUGAUGUCCUCAUCAGAUGAGAGCAGUACCUUACACCUUAGUCAUGAAAAUAGCAUCGAAGAUCUACAGUAUGUAAAGACAGAUAAAGAGGAAAACUCAUGCACAGAGUUUGGGGACACUGAUAUGAAGUACUUACUAUAUGAGGAUGAGAAGGAUUUCAAGGAUUAUGUAAACUUGGGCCCCCUGGGAGUGAAGCUUAUGAGUGUGGAGAGCAAGAAAAUGCCCAUUCAUUUUCAAGAGAAGGAAAUUCCAGUCAAACUCUAUAAAGAUGUCAGGAGCCCGGAAAGUCGCAUCACAUAUAAGAUGAUGAAGUCUUUUCUCUAAGACUGAAAGCUGCAAAGGAAACACGACGUUUUCUUAUAAAUGUUUUUUGGGAACUGAAGUAUAUCCGUUGCCCAUUUUACUUACGCUUUGGCUCAUUUUUAAACCAGCUGUUAUUUCUAAAGGUCAUAAUUACAUUUAAAAUCAAAGGUAUUCAGCUAUUCAUUUACUUGCAUGGUAUGAGUGACCAAAAUGGAAGCACACUUUGUAUUUCUACAUUGAAGUAUUCAGAAGCAUGACAGUAGUUUCAAGGUAGUCUCUGAGGUUCCUUUUCACACACAAAACAUUCACUGAUUAAUCUGCGAUUCCAAUAUGAAAUAGUUCCAUUAGAAAUGUUUCUAAGAAAAUCUUUGUAUAGCAUUGACUACACAUCUUUCCCUCUGAGGAUGCUCAAUGUGAUAGACAGCCAGUCUGUAAUUCAAGUCAAUUCUUCUUAGUUUAACCCUGUGUAUUAGUCUGUUCUCAUGCUGCUAAUAAAGACAUAAUUGAGACUGGGUAAUUUAUAAA